AUGACUCGGGAGGAGCCGUUCAGGGAGGAGCUGGCCUAUGACCGGAUGCCCACGCUGGAUCGGGGACGGCCGCACCCCGUGGGCUACACGGCGGACACGGAGCCUAGCGACCUUCAGCUGUCCAAGAGGGUGCCCCCGUGCCUCAGUGACAAGGCGGGGGUCUUCUCCGUGUUGAUGGGGAGCUGCCUUCUUGUGACCUCGGGGUUUUCACUCUACCUGGGGAACGUGUUCCCCUCCGAAAUGGAUUACUUGCGCUGCGCGGCAGGUUCUUGCGUCCCCUCAGCGCUGGUGAGCUUUGCUGUCUCCAGGAAAAAUGUCAACGCGAUUCCUAAUUUUCAGAUACUAUUUGUCUCCACGUUUGCUGUGACCACCACGUGUCUAAUAUGGUUUGGAUGCAAACUGGUCCUGAACCCGUCAGCGAUAAACAUCAACUUCAACCUCAUCCUGCUGCUGCUGCUGGAGCUCCUCAUGGCGGCCAUUGUGAUUGUCUCUGCUCGGUCCAGCGAGGAAUUCUGCAAGAAGAAGAAGGGUUCCAUCUCCAACAGCACCAACGUUAUGGACGAAGUGACGUUUCCUGCUCGGGUCCUGAAAUCCUAUUCAGUCGUCGAGGUGAUCGCGGGCGUCUCCGCCGUCCUCGGGGGGAUCAUCGCUCUGAACCUGGAUGACACAGUCUCGGGCCCCCACCUCUCGGUGACAUUCUUUUGGAUCUUAGUGGCUUGUUUUCCAAGUGCCAUUGCCAGUCACGUGACAGCGGAAUGUCCCAGCAGGUGUCUGGUGGAGGUGCUGAUCGCCGUGACCAGCCUCACGGCCCCGCUGCUGUCCACAGCCUCCGGGUACUUGUCGUUCAGCGUGAUGAGGAUCGUGGAGACUUUCACAGAUUACCCGCCAGCCAUAAAACAGUCCUACGACCUGCUGCUGCUGCUCCUGAUGCUGCUGCUGCUGCUGCAGGCGAGUCUCAACACGGGCACCGCCAUCCAGUGCGUGAGCUUCAAGGUCAGCGCCAGGCUGCAGGGCACGUCCUGGGACGCCCAGCCUGGCCCGCAGGAGCGCCCGGCCGGGGAGGUGGCCAGAAGCCCCGCAAAGGAGUUUGACAAGGAGAAGGCCUGGAGAGCCGUGGUGGUGCAGAUGGCCCAGUGA